UGGUAGCAGAUGGAUUUGCACUACUGCCCUCUCUCACUGAUUUGAUCAAGUGUGUGUGCUUGUGAGCGCUUGCAAGUGUUGCGCUCUUAUUUUGCUUAUAGCUAUUGAGCAUAAGUGUAGGGUACUUUGCAGAAUAGUUGAUUACGAGAUACAACAUGUACUUUUGUUGCAGCUCAGUGCAAUUUUGGGAAUAGGCCAGAGAUUGGCACCACCUUGCAGGCUUGCACUACCAGAACAUUGUUUCUUCUUCAUCAGUUAACAAGAUUUGUCUCCUUUAUCAAGAUCGAUCAAACCAACAUUGUGAGCUCAGUUGUCUUAUUCUCCAAAUAAAUUUCACUCUUCAUCGAUUUGGAAAAAGAUGCACACAUCUGAGCCGGCUCCCACUCCGGGCCCGGCGGCCACCCCCCUCGCCUCGUCCUCUCCAAGACCGGCUUCCCAAUCCUCCAAGACGCCGGCUUCCCUGCUGUCUCCGGCGGUUCAACCUUUUCUCCCCACAGGACGUUCGAAGGAGGUUCGUUGGUGGGACGACUCUCCUGGGUCUGUUGGCCUCCCCUUUGGUAGGUCUCCCUCUGCUCGCCCAUCCUAUCGCGACAUGGUGUUGUCUUCGUCUCCUUCUGCGGUGGAGUCUUCGAUAGUGGCCAUGCUCCCCAGUCCUGCUCUAUCGUUGGCGCCCGUGCCUCAUGCUCGUUGUGUCUCUCAUCGUUGGGUGCCUCGACAGCCGGGCCCUCCUCCCUAUCCGAUGUCCACCGCCCUUCAUGGUGUGUUUCCUUCCUCUGCCCCGGUGUCCUCUACCGGCGCGAGGGGCUGGAUGCUUGUCGAGGGCCGGCACGCUCGUCGUUCCCGCCAUCGCCAGCCUCGUCGCCCUCGUAACCCCGUCCCCAUGGAUCUGGAAGGGAAAUGUUUCAACUGUUUUUCCCUAAGCCAUCGUGUGGCGCAGUGUUGGCGAAGCACCCGAUGCUUCCGUUGCAAGUCUCUCGGUCAUCAUGCCUUCGAGUGCGUUCAUGCACCGACAUCCUUGCUUGCUUCGCCUUUGGCGUAUGUGCCCCCGAGGUCCGUUUGGAGUCGGCUCUCGUUGAGCGCCGCUUCGUCGUCUUCUGCCGUCUCAGUGUCACGGUUUUUUGCAAUUUCUGCUAGUGGUUCUUUGGCAGGGGGUGUUUCGGAGGCUGGCUCCGAUCAUGGCGGAAGCGGUAGCCGUCCGUGUCGUCGUUCGCGCAGGCGUCGUCGCUUGAGCGUCGGAGCAUCUACCAUUCAGCAUCUGCCACCACCCUCACCUUCUUGGGAUGGUUCUGGCCCGCGUGAGCUCUCUCCGGCUAGGCUGGAGAUGACGGCAUUCGCGACGGCCACCAUCAACAACUCUGCCUCGGUUUGUUGCGUGCUGGACAGGUCCGAAAGCAUCGUGAAGGCCGAGGCAGACCUUCGGCGUCGGUUUUUGUCACGAUCAUCGGAACCAGAUCGAUGGUCUCUCCAAGUGACGCGGUGGCUGAAAUUGCACACAAAUUCAACCUUGCUGCCGACUCCUUGGUCAUCCACCGUUCUAAUCCGGAAGACUUCAUCCUUCUCUUGCCGGACGUGUCAACGGUGGAGGCGGUCACCAAUGGAGGUCGGCUAGUUGUUACGUCGUUCUUCACUCUGUCCAUUAAGCGUUGGUUGCGACAUGCUCAUUCAGUUGGCAGCUCCUUGCCUUUCCUGGUCGAGCUGGAGCUUCAUGGUCUACCGGCGCACGCUUGGGAACUGGCGACAGCUGAACAUUUGCUUAAUCCUUUUUGUUGGAUUCAACAACUUCAUCCUUCCACUACAGAUCGUUCUGAUUUGUCUUCCUUCCGGCUUCGUGCUUGGACUCGCUGCCCAGGGAUUUUCCCACCUUCUAUGAUGCUUGCCAUCGUUGAGCCAUCAGUGGUUGAGU